AUGGCUCCUCGGUCUUUCAAAAAUUUGGUCAUUGCCGUCAGCGGCACGUUUGCCGGUUACAAGCAGGCCGACAUUAAGGCUCUCGUGGAACAACAGGGCGCCACGUUUAGCUCCUCGGUCACGGAUCACUGCACUCAUCUUAUCACGACGCCCAAGGAUAUUGAGAAAAAGGGCACCAAAUCGCGGGAUUUCGAUGUUGACAAAAUGACUACAGACCAAGCAGCCGUCAAGUCUGCCACAUGUCAAAUUGUCUCAAUUGACUGGCUGGUAGAAUCGGUUAGCAAGAACAAGCCGAUAGCCGAAAAGCCCUAUUUGCUAGAUGCGGGCAGUGCCGCUAAUGGAGCCAAUGGUGAGGAUGCAAAUGAUGACAGCAAGCAGAAUGGCAAGCGUCCCACUCGGAAAGCCGCUACAAAGGCCGCCGAUAAAAAGGCAGAUGAUGCUGCCAGUCAAGAUGCCAACGGAGAUGAUCAGAAAGCUGUCACAAAGAGCGCCAAGUCUGCAGGAGCGGCAAAGACCGACAAGAAGCGAGCCAUCAAAGCAGAGGACGACGAUGAAUCCGCAGACAAGUCCAACAAGAAGCAGAAGAACUCUCAAAAAGCCACCUCCAAGGCUUUGAAAGUUCCCGUGGAUGAGGACUUUAUCUAUGAGAAGCCCAACUUUAAGAAUCCUCAGGUGUACAUUGCCAAAUCGGGCUUGAUUUGGGAUGCCACUCUGAACCAGACAAACUCCACUGCCAACAACAAUAAAUUCUACCGCAUUCAGAUUCUCACCACCGCUGAUACCAAGAACUUCGUGACUUGGACCCGGUGGGGACGUGUCGGUGAGCAUGGCCAGUCUGCAUGCCUAGGCGAUGGUUCCCUGCCGGACGCCCAGAAGUUUUUUGAGAAGAAGUUCAAGGACAAGAGCGGCCUUGCCUGGAACAACCGCCUCGACACCCCCAAGAAUAACAAGUACACCUUCCUCGAGCGCAACUACGAAGAGGACGAUGAAGAAUCCGCAAAGGAGAAAGAGAAAAUGAGUGUCAAGAAGGAGCCUACCGAUGACCUACCUCCCCCGGAGAGCAAAUUGGAGAAGCCAAUCCAGGAUCUGAUGGCGUUCAUCUUCAACCAGCAGCACAUCAACUCUGCUCUGGCAUCUAUGUCUUACGAUGCCCAGAAGCUCCCACUGGGAAAGCUCAGCGAGAGAACACUCAAGGCCGGUUUCUCCGUUCUGAAGGAGUUGGCCGAGUUGCUGGUCGACCCAGCUCUUGCUAGUUCUCGGUAUGCUACUAGCCUUGGACCUGCUCAGGAGAACUUGAGCAAUCGGUACUUCACCUUGAUCCCACACGUCUUCGGCCUCGAGCUUCUGGAGGCAUUGACGGAUAUGGAUGUUGCCAAUGAGAUCCUGAAGGACUCGAAGGAGGCAGACGAGAUCCACCCGCUCGAUCGCCAGUUCCAGAGCCUGGAUAUGGAGGAGAUGACGCGCCUGGACCGCAAAUCAACCGAGUUCAGCGAGCUGUCCGACUAUCUGAACAACUCCCGCGGCGCAACCCACCACCUAGAGUACGAGGUAAUCGACAUUUUCCGGAUCGAACGCAAGGGGGAAACAGACCGCUUCACAAACUCCCCCUUCGCCAACCUCCAAGACAGCGACCGCCGCCUCCUCUGGCACGGGUCCCGCAGCACCAACUUCGGCGGCAUCCUCAGCCAAGGUCUCCGCAUCGCACCCCCCGAAGCCCCCGUCAACGGUUACAUGUUCGGCAAAGGUGUCUACCUCGCCGAUACGUCCAGCAAAUCUGCCAACUACUGCUGCGCCUACAACAGCGCCAACAUGGGCCUCCUCCUGCUGUGCGAUGCUGAACUGGGCUCACCCAUGUUCGAGCUCGCAGGUAGUGAUUACCUUGCCGGCGAGCAUGCGAAGAGUGAGGGCAAGAUUGCGACGCUGGGAAUGGGUACUAGUAUCCCUGGUGGAUGGAAGGACGCAGGUGUCGUGAAUGAGAAUCUGAUGGGAGUGAAGAUUCCGGAUGUAGGGGUGGGUUCGGUGCAGAGGCAGGAUGCGAAUGUGUACUUGCAGUACAAUGAGUAUAUCGUUUACGAUAUUGCUCAGAUUCGGCAGCGAUAUCUGUUUUAUGUUCACAUGCGGUGA